AUGGAUGAGGUCGCGAAAUUAGAACAUCUCUCUUUAGUAUCUAAAAUAUGCACAGAAUUAGAUAAUCACUUGGGCUUAAAUGAUAAAGAUCUAGCUGAAUUUAUUAUUGAUUUAGCAGACAAAAACCCAACAUUUGAAGCUUUCAAGAAAGCACUUAUUGAAAAUGGAGCAGAGUUUUCAGACUCCUUUAUGACAAAUUUGCUGCGUAUAAUACAGCAUAUGAAACCAAUUAGUUUGUCUGCUGAAAAUAAUGAAAAAGGCACUACGAAUUCUAACCCUUUAGCAUUGAAAUUUCCUGGAUUAGCUAUUCCUAAUGAAAAACCUCCCACAUUUUCAUCUGAUGAAAGCAGUGAAGAGGAUGAAAAAAAGACAAAGAGAAUAACUUCAAAAGACUUAUUUAAAGAAGAAUCAAAAGCAAAAGAAUCAGGUAGUGAUGUUGUCCAGCAAGCAAUGGCAGAGUUGGAGGCAUUGGCACCUUCAAAUAUUGGUUUAAAAAAAGAAGAGAAAAAAGAUAUACAAAAUAAAGAUCAAAAUGAUACUAAGGUUAAAAGAGAUAGGUCUAGAGAAAGGCAUAGAAGACGUAGUAAAAGCAGGGAUAAAAGGAGCAAAACACCAGAACGUAGGAAUAGAAGUCGGGAUCGUGAUAGAGAUAAGAGAAGGCGUUCUAGAAGCCGUCAUCGUUACAGAUCAAGAUCUAGGGACAGACACAGGAGAUCCAGAUCCAGAGGAAGAAGAUCAAGAUCUAGAGGGCGGAGGUCCAGGUCCAGAGGUAGACGGUCAAGAUCUAGGUCACAUUCCAGGGAGAGAGAAGGAAAAGACAAAUUUAGAGACUUUGAGAAAAAAUCACGGAAAAGAAGUCCUGAGGUAGAAAUGAGUGAUGAUCCAGAGCCAGGAAAAAUAUAUAAUGGUCGAGUAGCAAAUAUAGUGCCAUUUGGUUGUUUCGUACAAAUUGAGGGUUUGAGGAAGAGAUGGGAAGGAUUAGUUCACAUCUCCCAACUACGUACUGAGGGAAGAGUUACCAAUGUGUCUGAUGUUGUCUCCAGAGGUGAUAAAGUUAAGGUUAAAGUGAUAUCAGUGACUGGACAAAAGGUUUCCCUUACUAUAAAAGACGUUUGUCAAGAGACUGGAAAAGAUCUGAAUCCAACAUCUCAUGCACACUUAGAGGCUGAACGCGAAGGCCGUAAUCCUGACCGACCGGCUCCGGCUGCUACAGUACUGGCGGGUCUGCAAGGAAAUCUUGAUCCUGACGAAGACUCUAGCCGUAAGCGUGUCACAAGGAUCUCUAGUCCGGAACGAUGGGAAAUAAAACAAAUGAUAUCAUCUGGUGUAAUUGACAAGAGUGAAUUGCCAGAUUUCGAUGAAGAAACUGGUCUACUACCAAAAGAUGAAGACGGCGAAGCGGAUAUAGAGAUAGAAUUGGUUGAAGAUGAACCUCCAUUCCUUCAAGGCCAUGGUCGAGCGCUCCAUGAUCUCUCCCCAGUGAGAAUCGUGAAGAAUCCUGAUGGUUCACUUGCCCAAGCCGCAAUGAUGCAAUCAGCUCUGGCUAAAGAAAGGAGAGAACAAAAGAUGCUGCAAAGAGAACAAGAAAUGGAGAGUUUGCCUACUGGACUAAACAAAAACUGGAUAGAUCCGCUUCCAGAAUCUGAUGGAAGAACCCUGGCAGCUAACAUGAGGGGAUCGGGAAUAACGCCACAAGAUCUUCCCGAGUGGAAGAAACAUGUUAUUGGAGGGAAAAAAUCAUCUUUUGGUAAAAAGACCAACCUGUCAUUGUUGGAGCAGAGACAGUCGUUACCUAUUUACAAAUUGAAGGAUGAAUUGAUAAAGGCGGUGGCGGACAACCAGAUCCUGAUCGUGAUCGGGGAGACGGGGUCGGGCAAGACGACGCAGAUGACGCAGUACGUGGCGGGCAGCGGGCUGGCGGCGCGCGGCAAGGUGGCGUGCACGCAGCCGCGCCGCGUGGCCGCCAUGUCCGUCGCCAAGCGCGUCGCCGAGGAGUUCGGCUGCCGCCUGGGCCAGGAGGUCGGCUACACCAUCCGCUUCGAGGACUGCACCAGCCCCGAGACCAUCAUCAAGUACAUGACAGAUGGUAUGUUGCUCCGCGAGUGUCUGAUGGACUUGGAUUUGAAAAGUUACUCGGUUAUCAUGUUGGACGAGGCUCACGAGAGGACAAUCCACACAGAUGUGCUAUUUGGUCUCCUAAAACAAGCAGUUCAAAAAAGACCCGAGCUUAAGCUAAUCGUUACCUCGGCGACCUUAGAUGCUGUGAAAUUCUCGCAAUAUUUCUUCGAAGCUCCAAUCUUCACUAUACCAGGUCGAACCUUCCCCGUAGAAGUUCUGUACACUAAGGAACCGGAAACGGAUUAUCUAGAUGCUUCGCUUAUCACAGUCAUGCAAAUUCACUUAAGGGAACCUCCGGGAGACAUACUUCUGUUCUUGACUGGGCAAGAAGAAAUUGACACCGCUUGUGAAAUUUUGUAUGAGCGAAUGAAGUCUCUAGGUCCUGAUGUACCUGAACUCAUUAUCUUACCAGUUUACUCUGCUUUGCCUUCCGAGAUGCAAACAAGGAUAUUUGAACCGGCACCGCCUGGGUCGAGGAAGGUCGUGAUAGCCACCAACAUAGCAGAAACCUCUCUCACAAUAGAUGGAAUAUACUAUGUGGUGGAUCCAGGAUUUGUGAAGCAGAAGGUGUACAAUUCGAAGACCGGUAUGGACUCGUUGGUUGUUACACCAAUUUCACAGGCGGCGGCGAAGCAGCGUGCCGGCAGAGCGGGACGCACCGGGCCCGGCAAGUGCUACCGCCUGUACACGGAGCGCGCCUACCGAGACGAGAUGCUGCCCACGCCCGUACCCGAGAUACAGCGCACCAACCUCGCCACCACCGUGUUGCAACUGAAAACCAUGGGUAUAAACGACCUGCUACACUUCGACUUCAUGGACGCGCCGCCUGUGGAGUCUCUCAUUAUGGCACUGGAACAGUUGCACUCACUGUCGGCCUUGGACUCCGAGGGUCUGCUAACAAGGCUAGGCCGUAGGAUGGCAGAAUUUCCUCUUGAACCCAACCUGUCGAAAAUACUCAUCAUGUCAGUAGCUCUGCAAUGCUCAGACGAAAUCUUAACAAUUGUCUCGAUGCUGAGUGUUCAGAAUGUAUUCUACAGACCGAAAGACAAACAAGCACUUGCCGACCAAAAGAAGGCCAAGUUCAAUCAACCGGAGGGUGACCAUCUGACUUUGCUCGCCGUUUAUAACAGCUGGAGGAACAAUAAAUUUUCUAACGCCUGGUGCUAUGAAAACUUCGUUCAAAUACGCACGUUAAAGCGUGCCCAAGAUGUCAGGAAGCAACUGCUUGGGAUCAUGGACAGGCACAAAUUGGAUGUUGUGUCAGCGGCUAAAAACACAGUACGGGUCCAGAAGACUAUCUGUUCAGGCUUCUUCAGGAAUGCGGCUAAGAAAGACCCACAGGAAGGCUACAGGACUCUCGUGGACAGCCAAGUUGUGUACAUCCAUCCAUCGAGUGCAUUAUUCAACAGGCAGCCAGAAUGGGUAAUCUACCACGAGUUGGUCCAAACAACGAAGGAGUACAUGCGUGAAGUCACUACAAUAGAUCCCAAAUGGCUUGUUGAAUUUGCUCCGGCCUUCUUCAAAUUUUCUGAUCCUACUAAACUGUCUAAGUUUAAGAAGAACCAAAGGCUCGAGCCUCUUUAUAACAAGUACGAGGAACCGAACGCUUGGCGAAUAUCAAGGGUCAGAAGAAGAAGAAAUUAA